AGCUUUUGCUCCUUGGUAUACCGUCUAGGCCAUCCACCCAAGCCCAGGGGCACUUCUAAAUUCUCCGCUUCCCGAGACCGGGCCCACUUCGCACCUCAUCAGAUAUUUGCUUCAUGGCUAAACUCCUCGCCUACGCCAUACGCCCUGGGUACAGGCAAGCAGAUCUUCCGGCUACUCUAUCCCUAUGAGGGCUCAAGGAGGCGGUACGGGCUGAAAGAGACAAGGCUCGCGCGAGAGCUGGGGAAGAUAUUAUGCUUGCAGGGACUGGAGAGGUGGGAUAGCGUGCGGUGGGAUGGCGGAGGGGAAGGCGGAACGGGAUGUCUAGGGAGGGAGGUCGAGUUGAUGAUGAAGGCAAGAGUGAGUCGGAGCAUACCAAGCGGUACGCGCUCGUCUUUUACCAUCCGAGAGCUUGACGCCCUCCUCGACAUGCUCGCCGCGCCCUCCGCUUGGUCUCAGCUCUCACAGCAGCCUUCAUCCGACCUCAGUCCAUCUCAAAUCCUCAUCAAGCUGUACCGAGACGCCGGACUCUCGUCAUUCGCCAUGUCUGUCCUCACCCAGAUCAUCCUCCAGGACCUACGCCCCCUGCUCAAUCCGCUUCCCGCACUGACCAUCCGGAAUCCAACAGCCAUGCUUGCCAUCACGUCUACUUCAGGGCCAGGGCAACUGGAGCUGUUAUCGGCUAUGCGGACGUGGGAUGGGAAGAUGGCGGAGCUGUACCGAGGGGGCAAGGGCAGUGUCGACUGGUGUGCUGAUAUGGUGGAUACGCUCGGUGGAGGGCCUGGUGGAGUGUGUAGAGCGGAAGUGGUACCGGCUGGACCGGUGGUUGGUGUCAAUGUGCAGAUUCCAAAGUGCGAAAAGGGCCGAUCUGUCGAAAGUGCUCUCAAUGAGUUCUGCGGGAAUCAUUAUGCUCCAGCAGCAUCUGUCGUAUGGGCAGAGACGAAAUAUGACGGCUACCGGAUGCAGAUCCACGUCGAGAUCCAGAACGGACAGCCUAUAAUCACCAUCUUCAGCAAAUCUAAGCGGAAUGCUACGAUCGACAGAGGGAACGCCCACUCUAUAAUACUCGCAUCUUUAGGACUUCCUGCCAAAUCUGGAUUACCGCGCCAUCCCGCUCUGGCGGAGCGAGCGCAGACCGAGGGACCUGAAAUGCAGCGUAGCGUCAUUCUGGAGGCGGAGGUCAUCCCUUACAAUGAGAGCGAACGGGACGGCGAGCGCGGGCCGGGAAUAGAGGAGUUCUGGUGGCUUGAUAAUGCUGGGAUUGUCGCAGAGGAUGCGCCUGCCAGAUUCAGUCCGACCCGAAAAGCAGACUCUCACCGCCAUCUCUGCAUUGCCUACUUUGACAUCCUUCAUCUGAACGGCACCAGCCUGCUCAAAACCCCCCAUGGCCAGCGCCGAACCCUGCUUGAAUCCGUCAUCCGCCCUAUCGACGGCUUUUCGCUCCUCGCUCGCCGUACACCUAUCCCGCUCCACCUCGGCCGCGCAUCCGCCCUCUCCAUCCUCCGAAAAGCCUUCUCGGACGCUUGCGCCCGCGGCGAAGAGGGUCUCGUCCUCAAGUCCGCCGAAAGCAUCUACAAUGGCAGCUCGACGCACCGCUGGGUCAAGCUCAAAAAAGACUACAUCCCCAAUCUCGGCGACUGUAUCGACCUGGUCCUCCUCGGUGCCGGAUGGGAUGUCGACCGCGCCCGCGAGCUCAGGGUGGACACCUCGGUGUAUACGACGUGGUACAUGGGCGUUCUGGUCAACGGGGACAAGGUGCGCAAGAGGCAAGAGGGACCGCACUUCGAGGUGACUACGCGAGUGUCGUAUGGGAGUAGCCGGCAGGAGCUGGAAGGUUGGAAUAGCAACAUCAGGCUGGGACGGUGGGGUACGAAACCGUUCGAUAAGGAUGAUCCGUACAAGAAGGUGAGCUGUUGCGCUCUGGAUCGCGGAAAGCGAUUGCUGGGUCUGAGCUGGACGUACUUUAUGCCCAAGAGCAUGAUACCGCCGUCUGUGCUUUUUGAGCAGCCAAUGUGCGCGGAGGUCAUGGGCGGAGGUUUCCAGAAGCUGCUCGGGUCAAAUAUGUACGAGGUCCGAUGGCCUCGUCUGCAAAAAAUCUACGAUACGAGGGAGAGACCUUGGUCAGAAGCGCUCGACGCUGCUUCCCUCAUCCAGACCGCCCACACUUCCCUCGGCUAUCUCCCCUCAACCUCUCAAUCGCGCCCUACGCAGCCCACAAGCUCUCCAGAAGACUCCCUCUCCGUCCUAUGGCGCACGGCCUCCUCGAACGCCAUCGACGUCAUCCCAGACACUCCAUCACCUGCCAAAUCGCCCAAUCGGCCAAGGACAGUCAAGCGUGUCAAGUCUGCUCCUGAUCUAGGCGAGAUUCUCAAGUUUUCGCCGCCGACGCCA